CUUUUCUUCCUCUAAUUUUUAGACCAGUUAUGCCAGUUUCUCUAAACAUGAAUAUGGCCAUGCCUUCUUGGUUUGAUAUUAUUGGACUCGCUCCAGAUUCACAGGAGGAUGAAGCUGGGAUCAAGCAGGCAUCAGAGAAUGUGAAAACACUUAUUGAGCAAGAAGUAAGAAAUGGAAUACCUUCAAACAGAAUAAUUUUGGGAGGAUUUUCUCAGGGAGGAGCUUUAUCAUUGUACACAGACCUCACAACACAUCAGAAAUUAGGGGGCAUUGUAGCACUCAGCUGCUGGCUUCCAUUGCGAUCUUCUUUUCCACAGGGCCCUAUCAAUUGUGUCAACAAAGACACUCCCAUUCUCCAGUGCCAUGGUGACCGUGAUCCUUUAGUCCCAUUAAUGUUUGGUUCUGUCACUUCUGAGACACUAAAGUCUAUGAUAAAUCCUGGCAACGUAACUUUCAAGACAUAUUCAGGCAUGAUGCAUAGCUCAUGUAUUGAGGAAAUGAUGGAUGUGAAGCAGUUCAUCGACAAGCACCUACCUCCAGUUGACUGAAACUGUGUAAGCCUUGUUAAAUCACCAGUAUCAUCUGUAAUAGAUAUUCCCCCCUCCCCCCGCAGUCAUUUCUAAAGUAUCUCUGUGCUUACAGUGUUAACUGUAUUGCAAAGAGUAGAUAGUAUACCUUCAAGAGAAAUGAUGCUCUUUUUAAAUUUCACUGGCUGUAAUCUAGAUAUAUGGCAGAGGAAUGUUGGGAUACUCUUUCAGUGUGCUCCAAAUUUAAAAUUGUCUAUUGAUAACAGAAGACCCCUUAUUUUAAAUACAGUAAUUGUAUAAAUGACAACAAUUUUUGUUCAAGACUUUCUAUAUUACUGCUUGCAAAAAUGACACUGAAUAUUACACAUAUAGUAUGCAGUGUGUAAAACACAAUUAAGUGUGCAAUGGUAGAAGUAGUAGUCUUAACAUAUUGGUAUAUCAUAGCCCAAAUGCCGUGACAAAGGCAAAAAAUUUUAUAGUGUGUGCAAGAAAAUAUUGUCAUCAAGUCUUUACUCCUAUGCAUUUUGAAUUCUAUGAUUAUCUCAUUAAGCGUGUCCCAGGAUACUUUGCAACUUUGAGGAGUCAGAUCUCAAGAUAGAAGAUCUCUAGACUAUUUAGACUCAGCUUUUUUUAUUAAGAUGAAUAUAAAGAACACAGAAAAGAUAUACAAAACUUUGACUAUAUUGAAAAUCCAUGCCAUUAUAACUCCUAGUGGAUUGAAAAAUACAUGUUCUUAGAUCUUUUCUUGAGCAGUCUGGUAAACUAGUUACUUGAGAAAUUAUAACCAUUAAGGAAACAUUGUGUACAUAUAGUGAAACAUUUGUCUUGAAUUGUUUUUCUCUACUUCAGAGAAAUCAGGACUGGGACUGUAAGUACACAAGCACUCAUACAGUAGACCAGUGCAUUCACAUACAUGAAAUCAAUAUGAUUUAUCAGCUCACAUAACUGUAUCUUAUUGGAUGAUACAAUGUUUUUUUUGUUAACAUCUAAGGAUCAAAGCAGAAAAAUGGAUUUUCCACCAGGGUACCAAAUUACAAGCACUAGCAAAUGUCUGAGGGGGAAAAUUGCCUCAAAAUAUGCCUGAUUCAAUAAACCUGUAACAUGUAUAAUGGAAACUGCGGAAUUCAACAAUUGGAUUUGUAAAUGUGGUGAACUGCAAAUAUGUGAGGAAAUAUGUAUAUGUUCCCUCCCGUUUAGUCCAUUAUCAUGAUCAUGCUAUGUUGUUGAUAGAGGUUACAUUGCCAGUGAAAUCCUAGAAGUACUAUUUCUUGGUUUCUUCCUUUUUUUAUCCACAUGAUUUUAUUUUUCAAAGCAUAGGCAUGUGGUUUGAUCUCAGUCACUUGCAGUCAAAGCAAGCAAUUAAUUAGUAGAAACUGCAGUCAAAGUUGCUCAAAAAUGUUUCUGAUUUGAUCUUGUCAACAGCACUUUUUGUAUCUGUGUUGUGGUUUCGCACUGCUUUGUAUGUCACAUUUCUUAACCCUUUCUUUAGCCUAUCAGACUGGGAGCCAUCAAUGUACCAGCAAAAUUAAGCAGCAAAAGUAUUCAUGAACUGGACCACUUGAAGUUGCUAGCUGAAGAAUCACAUUUUAGCAUCCCUGCCUAUCUUAAAAUGACAUUCUUUGCCCAUACAAUUAUAACAGGGAAGUUUCAGCCUAGCUCCUUCUGAAACUCUGAUUUUCUGUGUGUUGGGAGGGAGAGGUUGAACAGAGAAAUAAAGCAUGCAACCUCCUCUUUUAGUAGUUUAAAGCAUUGCCAUUCAAGAAUAUACAAUACAUGGUUCUAAAGAGAAGGUUACACUUGGAAGCAGUAAACACUUUUAAUCCUUUACUCUAAUACUUAUAUGCUGGGGACCUCUGCAAGAGUCUGUAUAAAAUGAUUUGAAUAUGGAAGCCUUGUGACUUUUCUCAAUAUUCAUCCUGUGUUCACUGGAAAAUAGUUUUAUAUAUAAAUUAACUCCCAGAAGAAUGUAAACUAGCAGCAUUCCACCAAGUUCUCAAAACUAUCUUAAGUGAAGAUAGUCAAGUGACAAUGUCUUAUGGAGUUACUGCAUAGAUCAGAUUUUCUCUUAAUAAAUAGAACUGCAAGGGGACGUUUGGACUUACUAUAAUAAUACCAUAGUUGACUUAAAUAAUUUGUGUGAAACUACUGAAAUCAACCUGGUGGUAAUCAAACAAGAAUUUAGUUCACUUUAAAAUUUAGUAUCUAACAUUCUGCCAAAAAUCAAAAUUUGCUAUUCAGUAUUAAACUACUUUUAAUUGAAAUAUUGUGUGAAAUACUUACUUGCCAAUUUGCUGAUAAAUAGUAAUUAUAUUGUGUAUCACGGCACAAUGCUGUAACAAAGGCAAAACUAAUGGUUUAUUAGGAUUUUUGCUGACAGGAUGUAGCCUUUAGUUUUUCCUGAAGUAUUGUAUAAUGUUCAAUACAGUGAAUUGCAGAAGGAGUAUUGUACUCUGUAACUUGUAUUUUAGAUCUGUUAAUUAAUGUUUGCCUUAGUGAAGUGCAUUGCACUUCAUUAAACUGCAAAAUGCAUCUUUUUUAUAAAUAGGUGCUAUUGACUGUCAAAUAUAAUUGUAAGAAUGUAUGUAUAGGAAGUUAAUGAAGCCAUAUAUUGGGGCCGCAAUGUUUUAUAAACAACUUUAAUUUGGCUUUCCUUUAUCCUCAGUUCUAGAAAUCCAUAGUCAAGAUUAUAUCUUGAUUUUAUAAUAUUUGUUAGUGGUAAGAAAUCUAUUGUUGAAAUGGCUUUCUUGUAGCUGAAAACUGUAACUGCUCUUACUGUGAAAUAAAUUCUGAACAAUCAA